UAGAAGUAUUCAGAGUAAUAUGGCUUCUUCCGUCGUCGCCACAGCGACAGUUCGUGCUGUCAAAGGUAGAAAAUUACUUGCCACACGAGCUGCGCUUACUUUAACACCUAAUGCAGUGAAGAGGAUCAAGGAAUUGCUAAAAGACAAAAGUGAAUAUGUCGGUUUGAGAGUCAGUGUAAAACAAAGGGGAUGUAAUGGUCUCAGCUAUACUCUUGAUUAUGCCAAAGACAAAUCUAAACUAGAUGAAGAGGUGAUUCAGGAUGGAGUUCGAAUUAUGAUAGACAAGAAGGCACAAUUGUCCUUACUAGGUACUGAAAUGGACUUCGUAGAGACUAAGCUAAGUUCUGAAUUUAUUUUUAACAAUCCGAACAUUAAAGGAACUUGUGGAUGUGGAGAAAGUUUUUCAGUCUAGCCAAUUUAGGAAAUUGCAGUCAAUCUAGAUUAUUUAAUUACGACGAAAACUCGAGUGGAACAUGUAUUCAUUUUAUUAAAAAUCUCUCAGUGUACAUAUUUAA